AGAGAGAGAGAGAGAGAGAGAUAGCACCGUGUACAAAUUUCUUUCUUGUUUAGCCUUUGCUUGCUUUCUAUUGAGUGGGGGUCUAGGCUUUGGGGAAGCCAUGGAAAUCAAGGUCCAUGGGAUGGGGAUGUCCACGUGCUGCGCACGUGUCCUGCUAUGCCUAGAAGAGAAGGGUCUCGACUAUGAGGUCGUCCCACUCGAUUUGACCGCAGGGGCUCACAAACAACAACCUCAUCUCUCCCUCAACCCGUUUGGACAGAUCCCGGCGUUCGAAGAUGGAAAUGUCACUCUCUUUGAAUCGAGGGCGAUCAACCGCUACUUAGCGCGGAAAUAUGAGGCCGCCGGGACAGACCUCCUCCGAUCGGGAAGCCUCGUGGAGUCUGCUGUAGUGGAUACAUGGAUGGAAGUUGAAGCCCACCAGUUUAACGGCCCGAUCUACAAGAUCAUCCGCCAGAUGAUCGUGAACCCUAUUUAUGGCCUGCCCAUUGUCGAGGAGGUCGUCGAAGCCGCAGCCCAGAACCUAGGGAAGGUCCUAGACGUUUACGAGGAGAGGCUGGGCACUCACAAAUACCUGGCCGGUGAGAACUACACCAUGGCUGACCUUAACCACAUCCCAUACCUGGUGUACAUGAUGAGGACCGACCGGGCGAUUAUCGUGAACUCCCGACCCAGGGUGAAGGCCUGGUGGGAAGAUAUCUCGUCCCGACCUGCGACCUUGAAAGUCAUCGAAAGCAUGAUGCCAGCUUGAGCUCUGUGUCGUAGGCAAAAAUUAGAGCGAAGAUAUGGUUUCUGAUUAUGAGAGACAACAAUAGGUUUUUCUUUUUCAGAAUAAACCCGACUAAAUAAAUAUAUUACAGUGAUAUUCGCCCUAAAUUUAUAUUAAGACGUUUUGGGAUUUUAUUCUCAUCACUGU